AUGCCUUCUCUAACAACAACAUACACAUCCCCUACCUCCUCACCACAAACCUUCACCUCCGAACUCCCCGCACUGCCAUCACCACCCUCAACCACCGACCGCGUCGCAUACCUCACUUCUCUGUCAUCAUCUCUCCGGACCCUCCAAAAAGACGUCAACGAAUUCCUCACUCAAAAAAUGGCCGACGACAAGGCCGCCGACGAUGCAAAAGACGAGGAGACGUAUGGAGAAGAAGUUGUCGAUGAAGAUUGA